AUGACUUCAGAGACCAAGGUGGUGUGGGCAGCAGCUCUACCCCCUGGAACCUCAGCCCAGAAGGCUGAGCUAAUAGCCUUAACCCAGGCCCUAAAGUUAGGAAGAGACCGCAAGCUAACCGUGUACACUGAUAGCCAAUAUGCCUUCGCCACCACAUAUGUACAUGGGGCGAUAUACAGAGAACGGGGGCUCCUCACAGCUGAAGGGAAAGACAUCAGAAAUAAAGAAGAGAUUCUAGCACUGCUAGCAGCCUUAUGGGAACCCAAAAAGCUAGCGAUUGUGCAUUGCCCAGGACACCAGAAGACAACCGACCCAAUUUCCCGGGGCAACAAUUUGGCCGAUCAGACUGCAAAAAACAUAGCUCGGCCCCCAGCGCAAUUGCUGACCCUACAACUGCCAGACCCUGGACUCCGGGAACUGCCCCCCAGCCCUGAGUAUUCAGAAAGCGACAUUCAAUGGAUGAGUAAACUUCCUAUGACCCAAAUCAAAGAUGGCUGGUGGAGAGACUCUAAAAGCAGCAUUAUAUUCCCAGAUAAACUAGGAUGGCAAGUUCUAGAGCGGAUCCAUUGCAGCACCCACUUAGGUUCCCAGCGAAUGUUGGACUUACUGAGACAGACUAGACUAAAAAUCAGAAAUGUCUCUGAUAAGGUUGAUCAAGUAGUCACUAAAUGUACAGUGUGCCAACUCAACAAUGCGAGUAGCAAUCCUCAGACAACAGGGGUAAGACAAAGAGGGAGCAGACUGGGGACCUAUUGGGAAAUAGAUUUCACUGAGGUAAAACCAGGAAAAUAUGGAUAUAAGUGUUUGCUAGUUUUUGUAGAUACCUUUUCAGGAUGGACUGAAGCCUUUCCAACCAAGAAUGAAACGGUGCAGAUUGUAGCCAAAAAGAUCCUAGAAGAAAUCCUGCCCAGGUAUGGUUUUCCAGUAAUGAUAGGGUCAGACAAUGGACCUGCAUUCGUCUCUAAGCCUUGCAGAGGGUCCAUGAAGAUGUAUGGCCCAAAUUAAAGGAACUCUAUGAGACUGGACCCCCGCCUAUUCCUCAUCAAUUCUGACCCGGGGAUUGGGUCCUCGUCAAACGUCAUCGGCAGGGAACUCUGGAGCCCAGGUGGAAAGGACCCUUCCAGGUCAUCCUGACAAUGCCUACUGCCAUCAAAGUAGACGGAAUCGCCACCUGGAUCCAUUUCCCCCACGCCAAACCAGUGGACCCGUUCUCAGACCUCAUCAGACCUUCAAAGACAACCUGGACUGUUGAUCGGACUAAGGACAAUCCUUUAAAAUUGACCCUACACCGCCAACGGACUGAGCUGUAACUAUGGUACUUGCCCUUCUCUUGAUUGUUCUGCAAAUUCUGUCUGUAAAUCCAAACCCCCACGACCCCUAUAAUUUGACAUGGGAAAUUACUAAUUUAGAGACUCAUGAAGUCUACAACAAAACCCUAGGAACUGCCCCAUUAAAUACCUGGUGGCCAGAUUUAUAUUUUAAUUUAGAAAAAUUAGUCCAUUAAAAGAAAUGGAAGGAGGUAAAUGGAGGCAACUGCAAAGGAGGGUAUCAAUAAGCAGAAAUGGAUUUUAUGCAUGUCCGGGAUUUAGGACGGGGGCGAUGAGGCACACAUGUGGAGGGUUUGAAACCCUCUAUUGCGCAGCCUGGAGUUAUGUCACCUCCAAUGAUGGGGAAUGGAAGUGGAAAGUAAAACCCCAAUUUACUGAAAUGUCCUAUGUCCGACCAUGUACCCGCACCAGGUAUUAUGAAAACUGUAACCUUAUUCGUGUGAGAUUUACAGAGGAGGGGAAAAAGGACAGGCGGUGGGUCUUAGGACUCACUUGGGGACUCUACUUAUAUCAAUAUCCCCUCUUUGGGACUGCCAUUCAAAUAAAAUUAAAAGUCCCCCCUCUUGUACAACCGGUAGGGCCAAAUCAGGUAUUAGAAAAAAAAAAAAGAAAAAAAAGAGAUGAGUCUAUCCCAGAAGGUAUAGACUCCCUAUGGAAAUUGCUAACAGCAGCAUAUGAGGCCUUAAACCGAUCAGACCCUGAGGCAACAAGGGCCUGCUGGCUAUGUUAUGAUAUAAAACCCCCCUUCUACGAAGCC